AUGACGCCACGCACAGUCGCACAACGGGAUGGCAAGUCAACAGAUCAACUCGACCGGUUGAGCACGAGUCCCACUCGAGAACGAAGCCAGGUGAAUAGUGAUCUCGCGGCUAAGCCGAAAAAGAAUGAUGACCGGGUAUCAGAUGAUGUACGAUUUGUGGUCUGGUAUCAUUGUCGAACAUCACUCAAAUUCGAUGCCAUCGCACUGUGGUACAACGCGACAUACCCACAAGCGAACUUAAGCAUGGAUGGUGUGCAGGCGAAGGCGAUCUUUGAAAAGGUGAAGGGUGGUUGGGACAACAAAAAAAGAGAUUUUGAACAUGACCGAGUCCCUCUGCCUCUCGAUCAAGGAUGGCAUCUGUGCGACCACCAUAUGAGUUGUUCAAAUAAGCUAUAUCAAGACAGAAAGACCCUGAUGCGAAAUCCGAAGACUAGAGUGGCCGGGAUCGCGUUGAUGAAAGAGAUGGUGACGACCAUCUGGGACGGGACGUGGGAAGAAUUGCUGCAAUGCCCAAGAGAUCAUGAAAAUAUCCAGGGAGGUGAAUUCCAGAAUCCUACUGCUCGGUCGCAUCAUCCGGACAACGUCGAUCAGCCUAUCCAAGAUAUCCAAAAUAACCUGAAAAGUCGAUCUCCAGCCCACGAACAUACGAGGGAGAACACAGACAACAACCAGGGAGGGAACACUGAGGGCAUCUCGGGGGGUCACAUUGCCGAAAACGGCCCUGACUCAUGGAACGAUUUGACACACCAUCCAUUUCGAUACGCGGUGAGGUGGUUGGGGGGGCCCACGGUGCUCUUGCUCUUCAUGAAUUGGUUUCUGAAAAGCCUUUUCAUUCUUUGGCUUAUAACGGAUCCGCUUGCGCUUCCGUCCCCGGCAGCUAACUUGCAAAAAUUCUCUCCAAGCUGGCAAGAGAUGAGUUUGAUGAGCUAUGGGGGCCUCAGUAUGCUCGAUGACAUUCAAGGAUGGCUGGUGCGCGAAACGCGAAUGUUUCGAGGUAUAGAUGAGGCGCCUGAGUUGUCCAUAAUCGAGGGUUGUACCUUGGCAGUUGCUGGGAUGUCAGCAGCUACCGGAUUCGCAGUAUGGCAAGAUUGGCGUUUCAAAGACACGAUACUGGAGAUGUCGAAGAUAUUUCGACACCAUCACUCAAGCCCUGGGGCAAAUUUGACUUCCUCAUAG